AUGCCUUUCCCAUUUGUUCUGCCGACCACGUCGGCAUUUUCCUUCUCAUCCUGCUUCGGCUGCGACUCCCAUCCGUCGCUGCCCAUCCACGCCAGCACGCAGCGUGGGGUCAUGCGCGAUGCCCUCAAGAAACACAAGCGCUUACCCGCAGCCUCUCGGUCCGGAGACCUUGCCAUCGUCAUAGCCAGCCUGGAUGCAUACAUCCCUUAUCUUCUGGCAGUGGAUGCCGGUGUGAGCCCUCAUGCGCUCGUUGGCGGGGAGAGUAUCAAUGUCGUCUUGAAGACUGCCCCGUCCAUCAGCUGGAGGCCAACGCUGUCCGGCGACAUCGUUCCGGGAAAGGAACGACCGCGGGUCAAGAUCAACUCCCUGGAGUACGAAAUAUUCUUUGUCCUGUCCACACUCGCGUUUGCCUACGUCUCUACCGCAAGAUCAAUACUUCAGCCGUUGUACGUCAUCAACGGGGAGUUCAUCGGCUCGACGGAGAGGACGGCGGCAGUCCAAACAGCAAACAAGCACCUUCUAGAUGCCGCGUCUCUGUAUGACUAUCUUGCAACCAGAAGCGAGCAAAUCUCCAGCACCCCGCCCUGCGUGGACGUUUCUCCGGCCACGGCUCGCGCCCUGGCGUCUCUGGCGCUGGCCGAGGCAACUCUGCUGGCAGUCACGAAAGAUGAUCCAUAUCCCGCCGCCGUUGCGCAAGGUAGGAAUAAAAGCGACAAGGAGUGGAUGUUCAAAUCCCCGGACAUUCCCAAGACAAAGGCCCACUUGAACGCCCGUCUCUGUCUGGCGGCGUCCGACCACGCAGCAAAAGCGGCCUCCCUGUGUCAGUCCGCCGGGGCCGGUACUACCAAGAUGAGUCAGGGGCUUACCAGAUAUGUUGAGGACCUUCGACGGACAAGUCGAGCCAAGGCAUGCAGGUUCUUCGGCAUCCAUGCGGAGAUUGACGGCAACACCGCCGAGGGCAUCGGCUGGCUCCGCGCCGGCUUCGCCGCGCUCGGUGUCGAACCCAAGGACAGGGAAAGCAAGAAAGGCUUGAGUUUCAGCCGCUUCAAAAAGGACCUGACUGAGAAGAGGGAAGAUCGACGCGUCGAAAAGGAGACAGCCUGGGGCGCCGACGCGGGCCGGCUAGAGGAGACGAGGAUUCUCGAACUGCUGGACGACAAGUGGAACAAGAUCAAUGACACUAUGAAUACCCAGUUGAUACCACCCGUCAACUCUCUCCUCGCCAAGAUGCCCUCGGGGCGCGAGAUUUGUAUCUUGCGGCCGUAUCAACCCCCAGUGCUGGACAGAGAUGUCCUAGAGUCUAUGCGAGCUCCUCCAGACGGCGACGAUGAAUUAGGCCACGAGCUGAGCUCCGACGACGAGGCACAUGCCAGCCCGGCCAUGCCCGUUGGUGCCUACCCUGGAACGUCGGUGGACUACGGGCGGACAAGUUCCACGCCUGGGAGCAGUGCAUAUUAUUAA